UUGCCCAAACUGGGGAGGUUUAAUGUGGCUUAGACAUGAGUGGUCAAAAGAGAUGAGGGAAGAGGGAGCCAGUGGCCUGCAGGGUCCUGGGAAGGGGCAGGCAAGGCAAGGCAGAGGGAACGGAGGGGGAGGGGGGGCGUCCACCCACGUGCUAGGGGGGAAACAGGGAAACAAUGAGGCCUUUGGUGAUUGUGCAGGAUCCACCCCCAGCUUCCCAGCGUGUCCCCUCUGCGGGCUGGAUCCGGGUGGCUGCUUGGGGGCGGGGCAGGGGGCCCUGAAUGGGCCUCUUGUCUCAGCGCUGGGUGUGGGCCAGGCUCUCAGGGCACACAGUGCCCUCGCCAGGCCUGGCCGGCUGCCUCCGUGGCUUCCACCCCCAGCUGGCUGAGGACUGGGCCCUGUGGGUGAGCAGGCCCCUCCCUAACAGUCCCGGCUGGGCUCCUAUUCCAGGCAGACCAGGUAAGGAAAAGGACCCCAUCUAGUGGGGAAGAAGGGAAAGGAGCAGCCUCUGCCUCGAGGACCCUGACCCCAGACUAGAGGGGACCAGUGAAGAGCUGGAUACUGGAGGCCAACCCAGGGUGGACUCCUGUCCUUAUAGCUUCCUAGAUUUAUGACCUUGGGUAGGUUGUUUGGUUUUUCUGAAUCUCAGCUUCCUCAUGGAUAAAAUGGCACUGACCAUGAUAGCUACCUGAAGGCUGCUGUGAGAAUUACAGGACAUCAUACAUGGGAAAUGCCCAGCGAGUACCAGGCACUACAUAAACGUUAGUAUCCUUUCCCUGGAUCUGGAGGAAGGAAGGCUGAGUGUGCCAGGAUUGCCUCAGGGGUCCUGGAAGGGCCUCGGGGGUUGAGGUCAAGGCCAGCCAGGGUCUCACAAUGGGCUAGAACUCUCCCUCCCCUUGGGUUCUCAACCACCUUGACUCCUCUCCCUGUCCCAGGGAGGGGAGGAAAGACCUAGGAUGAGUUGUCAGGGGGAGCUUUCCCACUGGAUUCUCUAUUUCUGUCUUCACUGCUGCGCUUGAAGUUUCUGAGAGACCCCUUAGGUGGUGGCCACUGGCCUGCAGCCUGUUCUACCGCCCUCUCCCCACUGCACUGUACCAAAUGCUGGUUCUGCUUCAUACUUGGGGCUUGUGUAUUGGGAAAAAUGGCUAUCGUCAUGAGGUUCUUUCGAUGGAUGUGGCAAAAGAUUACUUACUGGGUUUUAUUCUGGAAACACAAAACUAAGUCAACUGUCUUGGAACACCCUGACUCCAAGAAAAAUGCAUUGAAGGUAGAGAAGACUCCCAACGUGGUUGAGACUUUCAAGUUGGUUGAGCACCCCCAAAAGGUUAAGGCCUCCAAGAUGGAAGUGUCCCCCAAGGUGGCUGAUCCCUGCAUGUUGACCAAGAUAACAGACGGGGCUCAGGUGGAGCUGGGCCAUAGGAGCCAGUCCCUGCUGCAGCUGCCCCGGACGGUUGUCAAGUCUGUCUCCACGCUGAUGGUCUCAGCUCUGCAGUCCGGCUGGCAAAUGUGCAGCUGGAAGUCAUCUGUGAGUUCUACCUCUGUUACCUCCCAAAUGAGGGACUGGUCCCCUUUGCAGUCCCCGGAGGCUGAGAUGCUGCGGGAAGUGUACCUGGUGCUGUGGGCCAUUCGGAAACAACUGCGGCAGCUGGCCCGCAGGCAAGAGAGAUGCAGAAGGCGCCACAUCUGGGCCCGCACUUGCCCCCAGCCUGCCCCAAUUCAGAGCCUGAAACAGGAUGCACAGAGUCCCCUCUAGGGGGAAGCCCAACAUCAUCAGAAAGCCCCCACCUCACUCUUAGGUAAGGUUGAUAGGAGAGGUUAGGGCAGUAGACCAGGAAUUGUGGGUGAGGAUACGUUUUCAUACUGUCACCUCACAUCAGGAGCCCAGGGCCAGGCCUGGGGUCCCACACACUCCCCUUCAUUCUGUUUAUUCAAUUUGUAAAAAAUUAUCAAAAUGUUGGGAAAUAAAUAUCAGCUAUUUCUGAA